AUGGCGAAGGACUCGAACGACGCAGGUCAAGGGAAGGCGCCCAGGAUGAGCAAGCGUGUGCUGCGGCAGGCCGAGCAGGUCGGGCGGCAGAUCGACGAGAAGAGGGAGGCCGUGAAGGAGGCGGUGGAGGAGCUGGAGGCCAAGGCGCGGAGGCUGCGCGAGCUGGCGGCGUCGCUGAAGCCCGCCGCCAAGAGGGCGGACGUGGACCCCGCCUUCGGCGUGACGCGCGGCGGCCUCGACGCGCUGGACGGCGUGACCUGCGAGCUGCUGGAGCGCCUGGCGGGCGGCGCCGCCGGCCUGACGAAGGUGGGGCGGCGGGUGACGCUGGGCGAGCGCGACGCCGAGGCGGCCGUGCGGCUGCUGCUGCGCGGGCGGCUGCGGCGGGAGGGCGAGCGCGCCGCCCGCGCCGCCGUCGGGCGCUUCAGGGCGUGGCGCUGA